CGGAGGCGGUUGUCAUGGUGACAGGAGCCGCCAAUUCGGGAUAUUGUAUUACAAUGGCUUCUCAAGAGAGGAUCAGGCCUGUGGUAAAAGGAACUGGAUUUUGGCAUGUUCCCACUGUGAAGGAAUAUAGCCAGGAAACGCAAGAGCUGUUAAAAGUGAUGAUGCAAGAAUCUAAGCUUACUUGUUUCCAGCAACGCCAUCUUGUAAAUUGCAUGAAACGUGGUGAUGCUUUCCCCAUACAGUGUUAUCCAACAUCCAGCAGAGAACCAGAGUUUCCAAAGCCUGUAUCAUCAAAGAUUAUUUUGACCACCAGUCCCUUUGGUAGACCUCACCUCCGGCCUGCAGAAAUUUGCCGUGCAGGAAAUGCAUAUAUCAGAGAAAAAUUCAAACCUCAAGCCACUCGAGACCUGGAGAAGGAGAAAGAAAGACUGCAAAACAUCUUAGCAACAGGAAAGGACAAAGUGGAGAAGAAAACUCAGAAGAAACCAGUCAAGGUAGAAGAAACAGUACUAGAGCUGGACCGAUUUGAUGAAUUGGUGAAUGAAAUUCAAGAUCGACAAAAUUUCCUGUCAGAAAUGGAAGCAUUGGGACAGAGCAAAGCGUAUCAAGGAAUUAUCCAAACCGAAAUAUCACAGAAGCUCCGGGAGAUGGAGAUGAUUGACAAACAGAGAACAGCAGAACUAAAACAGGCAAUAGCCAAGUCUUUCAAUAUAGGCAUCAAACAUGACAAUCCAAGCACGGUUCAAGUAGACCAAUAGUCCCCCCCCGCCACACACACACACACACACACACACACCCCUACGGAUAUAACUCCUUUACCCUUACUUUUUCUGCAGACAUAAGAGAAUGUGAAGAAUAUUUUAUUAGUACAGUUUUGACUCUUUCGUGGCAAGUACCUGUAGAAUAUAUUUAAUGUCCAGAAAUAUUGUAUGACUCUGGAAAAGUAGGAACAACCUGUUUCAAUAUGUAAUGGCAGGAAGCCUUUUCAAAAAUGUGAUCCAGAAACAAAAGGGUUCAAAUGAAUCACAAGGUUAGAAUGAGUAUCAGCUUGCUUGCCUUGACAAACAAGAGGAAAGUAUUUCUACAUACUUCAUCUCUGGAAAAAAGCAUCUAUGUUUCUACCAUUUAUGUGCUGCUGUUUUUUAGAAUUAGAAUAGAUCAAAAAUAUUUUAUAUAUGAUUCUGCCAUCAACUGGGAUGCUGCUUCCACUCAAAACUUGUUUCUCACUCAUCAUAUAACUCUUAAGCGAACAGUGGUGACUAUUCUAUCGGAGUAUGAAAGAGAAAAUUGGAAGAUUUUAGAUGGCAGUUAUUUUUGAUGAAUGCUUCUUCAGUAAAAUUACAGACAUAGGACCAUUUUCAUUAUGACUAUUCACAUGUCUGUCACUUGUUUAAAAAAGACUUAAUAUCACAAAAGUAAUUGGACAAGAGUAAGGGAUGUUUUCUCAUUGUCACACUUUUUGCUUUGGUCCAGCUCACUUUUGAUAGUUGUAUAUUACUC